AUGGCCCCGACAACCAUCAAGAAGACCUCGCAGGCUGAUAAGGCUCAGCAAUCGUCAAAUGCGGCUGCAGGAGGCGACUUCAGCCUCGCCCAACCAUCCGCGGUCAACUCCAAGGACCUAAAGAACGACGACGCCGUCGCAGCACACGAAGCUUGGAGAAGAAAGCUCCACAAGUCCGCGAGACGAGAGGCUGCACAAAUCGGAUCUUCUCGUACCAGCACGAAGCGUCCACAGCGCACCGCGGACAAAAGCGCGCCGUCAGAUCCGCCCUCAACACCUCUCCGGCGCAGCAGCCGUGUCCCUGCCCCCAAGAGGAACAUCGCCGACAAGAUCAAGAUCGAGAGGGUCAUGCCCAGAGGGCGCCCCAGAAAGUCAACCAAGGCCAAGAAGCCGAAGAAGGAAUCGUCAGAGACGUACUACCAAAUCCGGCGCAUUGCUGGAGAGAAGACCGAAAACGGACGGCUGUUCUACUACAUCGACUGGGCUAACGACCCCAACACUGGAGAGAGCUUUGAGCCGACCUGGGAACCAGCUGAGUACGUGACCGAAGCCGCAAUCGCUCAUUGGGAGUCUACCAAGGACAAGGCACCGCAAAGCGACGACGACGACGAACCCGAUCAAGAGAACAAAAACCAGGACGAGGAAGACGAGGAGGACGAGUUGCCAAUUGUUCGCCGCCGUCAGAAGCACAAACUCACGCAGGAUCGAGAGGAAGCCGAAGAGCAGCAGCAGCCACGGAAGCGAGCUCGGACCGCCGACGCGCAGGUAAAGGACAACACGGGCGCCAAUCCUCGCAUUCAGCCCGUCAAGAUUGCUGUUGAGAUUCCGCGCGAACCCACCGUCGACCCGUCCGAUUUCGUACCUGUCACUAUCUCCUCCCAAGACAGUUCCCAGCCCGCCUCGCAGCAUCAGGAACCUGCAGCGCCAACAAAAGAAACCAGCCAACGGACGAUUCCCGACUCGCAAAGCUUGGGUGAUUCCCUGCCAUCCCUGCCACAGGAGACCCAGGAGGAGCCAGAACUUCCGGUCGAAGAGGAAGUUAGCGAUUAUCAUUCAGCCGUGGAAGAUCGGGACUCUCAAAGCGCUCCUACUCCGUCUUCCUCCUUCGCGUCCGCCCAGGAUCAGCUCACGCAGUCUGGGGCCGAGAUUCCGUCCAGACAGAUCGAAGAUCACUUGGAGGUUGAACCCCAGUCCAUCAUCUCCUUCAGCGACCAGCAAACCACGACCGAGGAGGCCUUGCAUCAACAGGAGCUUACUUCAAACCUGAGCAGCUCCCCGCCUGGAGGAUUCUUGACGCAAGUCGAACUCGGUUGGUUGGCAGAAGAGAUCUCGUCCAAGUCGGGAGUUAUCGUCUCAACUAGCCAGGCCGUGAGCCAAAACCACGAUAACCGCAGCCAAGGCCCCGCAAACGACGAACUUGAAACCACAAACACAACAGUUGCUUCGCACCCAACCUCGAACAGCGUUCCCUCGCAGGCCGCCCAGGUUCUGCUCCCUUCAAGCAGCGUUUCACAGCAACUGCGCAGUCAAAUCGAAUUCUCGAGCUUGAUCGAGAAUUCUACACCAUCUGGACGGGCGGCCCUCACCAGCCAAACCGAGAGCGACGUCGUUCCCGCCACCUUGCAGAAAGAGGUCAGUGGCACCAGAGAGUGGCCAAGUGGCAUCACAGAGCCGCCAGCAUCAUCAUAUAUGAUCCUGCGUGCACCAGACAUAAACCAGAAGCAGUCACACUCUGACAACACAAACAGACUCGACCGAGAGGCAUUGUCUCAUAAUCCGAUAACCCCUCCCCCUUCUUCUUCUUUCUUGCCCACUUUGACCUCUUCAACCACCCACACACCUAAUCAAAACGAAGACUGCGAGACAGCUAACUUCAGCAUGGACGACGCGUUCUCGACGGAGACGCCUCAGCUCUCCGCAACGGAGACGCUACAACGUUUGAUUUACGGCAAGCAGUCCGACGAGCCGUCCACACUCUUAACCUCGCCAGCCUCGCAUCUAGACCUCCAUACCACCCAACCUGAGCAGCAGGAACAACAACCGAUGGCAAUCUCUCCUGCCGAUGUUUUCCCUGCGCCUCACCCUGAUCCGACGGAUUCGUGGGACAUUCAGCCAUCAGGUAAUAUUCUUCACAGCAUCGAUCCGAGUCCUGGGUUGCAUCCGGGAUCUGUCAUUUCCAAUGGUGAGACCAUCUCUGCUGUUGAUCAGCUUAGACGUAGUCUGGGACUCCCAUUCACUUCCAACGCCCCGCAUACCGAGCUCGAUAUCUCUCCAGAGCCGGUCGAAACCCACGAACAUGUAGCGUCCGACGAGUUGCCUGCAACUAUUGCCCCUUCUGAUUUGGAUGUAUCAGCCGCCCAUGAUGCCCUUCCGUCCCACGAACAGGUCGAUUUCAAUCAUCAUAACGAAGACAUGACCAACACAUCUCGGAACAUGGACUCCGAGGAACCGGAGGAAGAAUCGGAGCUAACCGAGUUUCUGGUCACCCUACCGAUGGCGGCGAAUUCUCGUCCCCAGUACCUCGAAACGAUCGACAAGAAUAAAGUUGCUAUGGAGGAGUUCUGCCAGGCCUUCAGGGAGUCUCACCCGGCGGUGCCCAGCGAUACCCUCACCGCAAAAAUCGACUCGAUCUUCCAGCGACUGGGCGAGCUCUGCGACUUGCCAGCCUAUGCGGACACCAUCCCGGCGAUGACGCCCACCGAAAUGAUGAAGCACGCAACGGGAACUAACACCAAGUUUUCUUUCAUCUAUGAGUUUCUCCACCUAGCCCGAGACUUGAAUGCCCGAGUUCUCAUCCUUUGCCGACCUGGCAGGACAUUUGACUACUUGGAAGCUGUAGUCUCUACACCUGGUUUUAACUACAAUGUUCUUGGGCGUGACGAGCCAAGCUCGCCUGAUGACACUUCUGACGGGUUGUGGGUGGUUCUGGCUUCACCAGACCAGGAUUUGUCCGCCAUUCGUGGACCUAUCGACGUGGUUAUCAAAUUUGAUCACGAGACGAGAUCAACCAGACUGCCUUCCGGCCUGGUUCCUGUUGUCUUGUCUCUCGUAGUCUCCUACAGUCUAGAGCAUGUUGACCUCCAACUCAACCAAAUGGAACAUGAGUUGAGCGGCUUGGAGAAGAAGAACGCCCUUACUCUGGCGAUCGCCACUCCAACAGCGAGAAGGCUGUUCGUAAACCCACCAGAUGACGGGCAUGAGCCGCACAAAGUUGCCGAGCUUUUCGCCUGCCUCUUGCAGAACCCAGAUAACGAUCUAUCGUGGGAACCGCAAGUUCUUCCUGCAGAUGUCUUUGAUGGCUGGUUGAAUUCGCAGGACCGUAUGGAGUCAGCUCAGCAUGUACUUCCCUCAAGAGAUGCCACUGGCCGUAAGCGCCACUUGGAUGAAGUCGAUGCUGGCACACCCAAGCGAGCCAGGCUUUCUCAGACCCAGACACCUCGGAAUAGCACGCCAUCCCAGAUCACCGACUUGCUGAGGAGUACUCUGGAGAAAUACCCUGGCAGGCCGGCAACACAGUUCAUGGAGAUUUCAGUAGAGCAGCUUGAAGCUCUCGCCUUCAAGAUCUUCGAGCUAGAAUCAGACCUUGAACGAGAAGCAAGUGACGAGAACCGAACCCGUCUGCUCGCCAGGAACCUCAGCGUUGAACUGGAAUCUUUCAAGCGCACGGUGGAUGUCCUUACCCCCAAGUACGCCGAAGCCCUGCACGACCGCAGCACCUUCGAGAAGACGUGCAAGAAGGCGGUCGACGACAACGCCGCAGCCCAAAAGCGGCUCGAAGCCAGCAAACACGACCUUGACACGGCCAAGAGGGAGAACAAAGCGCUCGAAGCCAAGUUAGCCGACUACCAAUCACAAUUUGCGAACUCCUCCAACCCGGACCUAUCCCGUCUCGCCCUUGCCGAGCAGGAGCUCUCAGAAACCAAGACCAAACUGGCCGCUCUCGAGAAGCGCAUGGCCACCACGACCAACGAGAUGGAAUACAGCCGCAGCGCCUACCAAAACGCCUCCAAUGCGCACACGGAGCUGAACAACGAGAACCUCGCCCUCAAGCGCAAGAUCGAAGAGCUCGAGCGUAAAGCCUCCCAGAACGUCGUGACGGUAAACAAGAUCAACGCCGACCAGGAGAAGAAGUUCCUGGGCAAGCAGAACGACGAGUACCGCGCCCUAAUCCGCGACCGUGAACGCGAGCUGGAGGUCGCCCGCGCCGAGCUGCGCCAUCUCAAGAGCGGACGGCGCGAGACCCGCCAGGCUAGCGUCCCGCGGAGUCCGCGGACGACGGUCGGACGCAGGAAUGCUGGGAACAACAACAACAACAACAACAACAACACGGCGGACACGGCGGCGAGUAGCCGGGGUAAUAGUCCUGCGCCGGGUAAUGCUAGUGAUGGGAACGGGAACGGAGGAGGAGGAGGCAUGAACUUCAAUCCCCGGUGGGGGCACCUGCGUGAUUAG